CAGUCCCCGAUUGCCCUUCGUAAUUCGUUAGUAAAUGCUUUGGCUAUUGUUGCUUGAGGCCUUCGGAGCGCUCGAACUGUGGAAAUUGUGAGCAGUGGAUCGAUAACAGGGACUAUUGUCGAGUGGCUUUGAAAUGUCAUUCGUGAAAUGGGGCGUUAUCGAGGGGCACUGGACCACAAUAAUCUCACGAUCACAAAAACAUUGUUAUUAACAUUUUUACAAAAUUCUUCGUGAAGACUAGUUGGAGUUCUAGAGUAGCAGAAGGCUAAAUCAUCCUCAGUCAAGAUGAUCGGCGGCCUCUUCGUGUACAAUCACAAGGGAGAGGUGCUGAUCUCUCGGGUCUACCGAGAUGACAUCGGUAGAAACGCUGUGGAUGCAUUCCGAGUGAAUGUCAUCCACGCUAGACAGCAGGUGAGAUCGCCAGUGACGAAUAUCGCAAGAACAUCGUUCUUCCACAUAAAACGGGCUAAUAUUUGGCUAGCAGCUGUCACCAAGCAGAACGUCAAUGCUGCCAUGGUCUUCGAGUUCUUGCUGAAGAUCAAUGAUGUCAUGCAGUCGUAUUUUGGGAAGAUUUCGGAGGAGAAUAUCAAGAACAACUUUGUGUUGAUUUAUGAAUUGCUUGAUGAGAUCCUGGACUUCGGAUACCCCCAGAAUUGCGACACUGGAGUCCUGAAGACAUUCAUCACCCAGCAAGGAGUGAAAUCAGCGACUAAGGAAGAACAAGCACAAAUAACAUCUCAAGUGACUGGGCAAAUUGGCUGGCGUAGGGAGGGGAUUAAAUAUCGUCGUAACGAGCUCUUCCUGGAUGUUCUGGAGUACGUCAACCUGCUGAUGAGUCCCCAGGGGCAGGUCUUGAGCGCACACGUUGCUGGAAAGGUUGUUAUGAAGUCAUAUCUGUCAGGAAUGCCCGAGUGUAAAUUUGGUAUCAACGACAAGAUCGUAAUGGAAGCUAGGGGAAUGAAGGGCGCAGGGACUCUGGGAGGUGGCGACGAUCCAACUGGCGCCAGAUCUGGUAAACCAGUAGUUGUUAUCGAUGACUGUCAAUUUCACCAGUGUGUCAAGUUAUCGAAAUUCGAAACUGAACAUUCCAUUAGUUUCAUACCACCUGAUGGUGAAUUUGAGUUGAUGAGAUAUCGCACAACGAAGGAUAUAUCACUGCCAUUUCGUCUGAUCCCCCUAGUCCGCGAGGUUGGACGUACAAAAAUGGAAGUAAAAGCAGUACUAAAAUCCAACUUCAAGCCCUCCCUCCUGGGUCAGAAGAUCGAGGUGCGUGUGCCAACGCCCCUGAACACAGCUGGCGUCCAACUGAUCUGCCUGAAGGGCAAAGCCAAGUACAAAGCCUCCGAGAACGCCAUCGUCUGGAAGAUAAAGCGAAUGGCCGGUAUGAAGGAGACUCAGCUGUCAGCUGAAAUCGACCUCCUCGAGACUGACACCAAGAAAAAAUGGACAAGACCACCGAUCUCCAUGAACUUCGAGGUACCCUUUGCCCCGUCUGGCUUCAAAGUGCGUUAUUUGAAGGUCUUUGAAUCGAAACUCAAUUACUCCGAUCACGAUGUCAUUAAAUGGGUCAGGUACAUUGGACGCAGUGGCCUCUACGAGACGAGAUGCUAAUGAAUGAAGUAAUUAUCGAAAUAUUUGCUGUUCGAGGGACGCAUUAAUUGCAGAAAUAUUGAUUUGUUCAGUGAUUUGUUGAUUGAUUAAUUAAUUUAUUGGUUAAUCCAUCGAUUUAAAAUUGAAAUCAAUUGAUCAAUUAUUUUUAAAAACUCGGAAAAGUUGUGCACAAUCUUGAUUUCAAUGUUUUUAAAAAUUAAUUAUGUAUUUAUCUCGUUAAUGAGUAGUUUUGGGGGAAAAUGUCAAAAAAUAUUUUUUGGAGCUGAGAAAAUGUUCUACAAAAAGUUAUUGAUGAUAUUUUCUCCUAAAUCCACUCAUCACCGAGAUAAUUCAACAAACAGAAAACAAUUAAUUUAUCAGAUUAGCUAAAGUUCAUUGAUUUGUCGAUUGAUUAAUUAAUUAUUUAUUUAAUCCAUCGAUUUAAAAUUAAAAUUGAUCAAUUGUUGUU